CGGGUACCUCGUGAUUGUUGUGUUGACCAGUACGCAGUUUAAUUAAUGCAAACGCUGACGAACGGGAGAAUGGGAAUUAUAUUAUGGCAUCGUGUGCUUAACGGAUAACUGAACUACCGACACAAUUAAGCUAACCAUGGCCAACGAUUGCCUUAUUGAGUAUCCCGUUUUUUUGUCAGUCUGUACGGCCUAAUGUCCGUACAACGUCAAAUUGUGUGGCAGCAGUUGGGCAGCACAUGCCAGUAUCACUACGAUGACAGUAACUUGAUUGGGUCAGGAAGCUUUGGCGAAGUCUUUACAGCCCGCAUUACGGAGCGAGGCAGUUACGUUGGUCAUGACGUUGUUGCCGUGCGAAACUUCAGUGUAAAACAAAAGAGCUUUCUGGAAAACCCGGACAACUAUGCCAAGCUGCAGGAGCGCUUGGAAGUCAUGCUCCAGCUAAAACACCCCCAUCUGGUGGACUAUCAUCAAAUCACCAUCCUUCCAACUUACGGGGCUGCGACAAUCGAAUUUAUGAUGGAUUAUUAUCCUAGUGGCAACGUGAAGGCAAAACUGAACGUCUGGAAGACAGCGGAAUCCUCCUGACCUGUGGAGGCGCUCUCAGCCACGCCCGGGACCUGGCUGAUGGCCUGGCCUUCCUGCAUGAGAACGGCAUAACCCACGGCGACCUGAAACCGGAAAACGUGCUGGUCGAUAGCUCCGACGCUCAAGGCGAGACGCUGCGUAUUGCCGACUGGGACAGUCUGGCGACCAUUCAACGCAACACCCUCAGUUCGCUGAGCGGGGAGCAUUCCCGCAACAGUGCCCGUUGCAUGUCGCCGGAAAUGCUGGCGGCCAGCGGACCGAUGGAGAGCCGGCACACCUGGCCGCGGCUGCCCGGCUGCGCCACGGACGUGUGGAGCGCGGGCUGCAUCCUGCUGCUGUUGGUCCGCGGCGUGACGGGAGACUACCGCGAACUGCUGCGGCAUCCGGUCAGCGGCGCAGUACGGGGCGCCGAGCGCCGCCUCAAGGAUGCGGCGGUCGCCGCCGCGGUCCUGCAGGGCUACGUGCCCCUGGUCCCGGAUGCCGCAGCCGUGCCACCGGAGCUCAGCGGGUGCAUUCGGCACUGCCUGUGCACCGCCGCUGACCAGCGAAUUACGGCACGGCAGUUGUGCGAGUGUUUGUCACGCAUCAACUGAACUCGGUGACAAGUCCAGUCCAAAUUGUACAAGUGCAUCUUCAGUUGGGAUCAGUUGUACAUCCAGACGGAUGUCCAACGUUCGCGCGGCAGAGGAAGAUGUGUUUGGCUUGGGAUGUCACAUAUAUGCGUCGAUACCGUUAAAAGUUGCGCUUCCCAUAUCCAAGCUACUUCGGCACACGCCGGAUCGGCCGCCACUCAGGCAGAAGAAAAGGAGACGAGGUUAUACUUUUACUUAAACGGCCGGUACAUUUCCGCACCUUAUGCUUUUGAGACUAUGGGCCCGUGGGGACCUUCGGCCAUUGCCAUCAUAAAAGAAUUGAGAAAGCAUCUACGGGCUCGUUCAGGAGAAGCCCGCUCACACGAAUUUCUUCGCCAGCGACUGUCUCUAGAGAUACAACGGGGUCAUGCCGCUUCUGUUAUGGGUACCGUUGAGA